GUUCGUAUUUCACGGCUCACGUGCCCGGGCCAAUGCGGUUAGGUAUGCAUGUGUUUGACGCAUAACGACAACAAUACUCGCUGGAUUUACACAGUAAAAUCGCGCGACAACAAUACUGGUUUUUUAUGUCUGCCGUAGCCCUUAAAAACAACACAUCCGAUUGUUGUUCGAAUUAAUACUAAAUUCCACCCCACGAAAACUGUGGUCACAGCUGCUGUCAAUAGUAGUAAUCGCGAAGGCAUAAGCAAGAUUCGCCCCCUGUGCGCCGGGGUAGAAUCGAUAAGUUUUUUUCGUGUACUUCCGCCAUGUAUCGCAUAAGACUGUACAUCGUACCAGAAGAUUCUGGAGUCUGUCCAGACAUUAAAGUGAUCGGCCCUGUCAGUCCUGUGAACAGCAAGCAAGAGGAUUUCGAACUGGAACAAAAAAUGGAAUUCGAAAUGAAAAUGCGUGAAGGGACUACCCGGCUGUUGGCCGCUUGUAAACAUCAAACGCAAUCCCUGCAAGCCGCCAAGAGCCUGUUGACGUCCAACGAACGGAUGACCGCCUAUAUAGCCGAAUUGCACAAGAAGAGUCGAGAACCUCCUCAAAUCGGAUGGAACGGCGGUAAAGCUCGGGUGUCUUUGUCUGAUCUACGACUGCCUCUGAUGUGGCGAGACACGGAUCAUUUCAAAAACAAAGGGGACUACAGACGGUUUGCCGUGUUCUGCCUGGCCAGAAUCGGUACGCAGCUCUACGACACCGGACUCCAGUUUCCGGUGGACAGAUCCAUGACCGACGUCACGUUCAACGACACGCUUCUGUUUGAAAACGUCGGACCGGACUUCAAACUGGACUUGGAAGUCUACGCGCACGUGCUGCGGGAUGACCUCUCCAUAGCCACCACGUCCAGAAAGAUUAAAAAUACAUUACACAGUUCCAUCAGCCGUACAGUUGGGAAAAAAUUAGCAGCCACUCUCAGAGACGAACUAAACAGCGGCAAAAUUGGACCCAGUUUUGAACUAAUGGCGUCGGCCAAAUUGACUUUAGAAGAAGUUGAUGACAGAGUACAUACGCACGACAUGAACAUAGAAAAUACACAAAACCGCAGUCAUCAAUUGCCUCUGUUUGGACAUUUUUGUUGUCGUCUGGCCGCUCAACCGCAGUGUAUAGUUUCUCCAGUCUAUUCAGGCUACGUUAAACUACGAGAUAGUUCUGUACCGCUUUGGGCCCGUCUUCAAGGAUUUGAAAUGUCGUUAUGGUCCUCUGCCGAAGAAGCCGAUAGUCAGCCACCUCAAAAAUCGUAUAGAAUCGAUAAGAACACCGUUAUUAGAGCACUAAAAUCAAACAACGAGGUUGAAAUAUCGAACGAAGUCGAAAAACGAACUCUAUCACUAAUAUUUGCAGCAAACAACGGCGAAGACAAGGGCAAUUGGCUUAAACAUCUCGUACAACAUUCGAAAGAACAUUACAAGUGGAAGAAAGCAGCCGAAAACGUCAUGGAAGUCCAACCGUUAGAAAAUAAUAGACAUUCAUUUGUUAAACCUGAGCGACAAGGAUCUCUUUACGACGAAACUCCUUUAUUUGAAACAAUUGAUAAGGAUAACCAAAGGCCCAGCGUGCUGGAUGUGUUCUCCAACAGAGGUCAAAUAUCAGCCACUAGUCUUAAUUCUUACUCGGGGACAGGAUCCCGUGAGUUACGUUCAAACUCAUCGUCUUCGUCGUCAACAGUGAGCAGUAGCGGUGGCACUCAGAGGUCACGAUCACACUGGCCUUUCUCAAGAAAAACGUGAUCCUCCCGAAAGGCUUAUAUUUGUACGUAGCAGCGGGACAUGAUGUUAAAAGAAUUAUUCUUUCUUAUUUUAUAUGUUCCCAACGUGAAGCUUAUUUUUUUUUUGCAAAACAAUUUUGUACCUGUUAAAAAUCAUGUGAAUAAAAUUACGGAAUGAUAAUAUUAUUAAUGUAAAUCAUCAGCUUAUCCUAUUACUAUUAUUAUUAUUAUUAUAAUUACAUUAAUUAAUAACUUGAUAAUUUAGGCUCGGCCUUCUCGUCUGUAUGACAUAUUUCUUCUAGACUUUUCAAGACAAUCAUAUAAGAAAUUAACGAUUGUUAAAGCUUACUAUUAGGACUUUUUUUUUUAUUUUUUAAUUAUUAUUAUUUAUGAAUAUAUUAUUGAAUUGUCAAAUGUCAUGUUAAAACAGUUACUUGUUGUGUUUUAUAAAUAUUUAAUUUCCUACGUAGUCUAAUAAAAUCAUAUUUGUCUGUCUACUCAUAAGGUGAACCUUAAAACCUAAGAUAUGUUAUAAUGAAUUUAUAAUUUGCAAAAAAAUGUGUAUAUUUGCAUAAGUAUUAUUUAUACAGUAUUGAUGAACUGU